AUGGAAGCCGAAAACACGACAUUCCCCGACCUGCAUAUUGUUGAGCCCCAAGCUCCACACACGCAUACUGCUAUCUUCCUGCACGGCCGGGGGAGUAAUGGACCGGAGGUCACUGAAGACCUUUUCUCCUCUAAAACAUCUGGAGGGCAGGAUCUUCCAUCCCUGUUUCCUAGCUGGCGAUGGGUCUUUCCAUCCUCCGGUAGUCGCUGGAACGCUACCUUUAUGGAACAUCAAUCCGCAUGGUUUGACAUAGCUUCAUUGGCCGAUACCAAUAGGCGACAGGAUCUUCAAAUACAAGGCUUGAAAGAAUCUAGCCAAUAUGUCCUAGGCGUUAUUGAGCGGGAAAUCGAGUUGUUAGGCGGCAGGUCGGACAAUAUUAUCUUUGGUGGGUUGAGCCAGGGAAUGGCUACCGCAUUGUGGACGCUACUUUGUUCCCCCGGGCGCGUCAAGGGAAGGAUUGGCGCAUUCGUAGGAUGUUGCGGGUGGAUACCUUUCACUCUGCAUAUCGACCAGGCAAUUCAGCUUUAUCGAUCGAAGUAUGCCUCUGAGCUCGGGACAUCCAUGUGCCUAAUAAUGCCUGCCUUUCUCCUUGGAACAACGGGGUGCCCUCCAUUCGACUCAAAGCCCGAGGAGGUAAAGGCUGUGCUGUCUACGCCUGUACUAUUGCUCCACGGGACCGACGAUGCUGUUGUGGAUAUUUCUCUGGGACAACAGGCGUGUCAGCUUUUAAAGGAGAUGGGGAUGGAUGUGAAAUUUUACGAAUAUUCCAGGGCUGAAAAUGAAGGACACUGGAUUAAAGAGCCUGAUGGCUUUGACCAAAUUGCUGCUUUUUUGGAAAGUAAGACAAGCUAA